ACUGACCAAAACACUCUGUCUGGUCCUUAUUAUUCAGUCAGUGCUGAAUGGAGUCGACCACAGAAACAUGCUCAUAAUGUUUAGUCAUUUCAUUCAUGGGUUCAUCACUGAGGAACAACACUGACUCUGCAGGUUAUCUGAUGGCUCCAGAAGAAGAAGGUCUCAGCUAACAUCAGACAGAGCGAUCAGCGCGGAUCGGUCCAGCUGUCAGCCUGCUGAUGGAGCUUCGGGCUACCACACACCAUCCUGUGUUACCAUGGCAACACUGCAUACGCCUGACUCUGUUGCUGGUCCAGCUGACUUUACCUGAAGUCAGAGCCUCUUGUCAUAUCCUGAAGUGUAACUCUGACUUUGUGGCUGCAACACUGGACCUGGGCAGCAGCAGCAGCAGCGGUGCAGCACCAGCAGGGGGAGCAGCUCUCAGCAGGGAGGCGGUAAACGCUGGCUACUGCAGCGCACUGCGCUCCUACGAUAUGUGCACCAAGAGGAUGGCCCGGGCAUGUCGCGGUGACCUCGCAUACCACUCUGCGGUUCAGGGUAUCGAGGACCUGCUGAUCCAACACCGGUGCCCGCGAGCGGGACCCACGGCCCAGCCACGGCCCCCACCUCAGGGGACGCUGUCAGGGGACACCUGCCUCUACGACAGGAGCUUCUUCGGCAGAGAAGGACGGACGCCGGAGUACAUGCACUGUGGCGUGUUUGGAGAUCCACACAUUAGAACUUUCACCAACGAAUUCCAGACAUGCGCUGUGCAGGGGGCGUGGCCUCUCAUCGACAACGAAUACCUGUACGUACAAGCCACCAGCUCACCUGUGAGGGGGACGCACGCGACAGUCCUCACCAAGAUCACCAUCAUCUUUAAGAACUGGCGUCAGUGUAUUGAUCAGCAGCUGUACCAGGCAGAGCUGGAUAACGUCCCUGCAGCGUUUGCCGACGGCUCAGUGUGGAGCGGUGAGCGGCGGGGUCAUCGCAGCCUAACAGUCAGAACUCAGAGCCCUGGUCGGCACGCCGAGAUCCGAGCGGCUCACAUCGGUACCCUGCUGGUGGUGCGUCAGAGCGGCCGCUCACUCGGCCUUUCGGUUCGCUCGCCACGUGGCGUCGUGGAGGCCUUUGGCCCCGAACAGGACCUGCAGCUGUGCAUGUGGGGUUGCCCCAUCUCACAGAGACUCAACACACUGCGGCCGCCACCGCCGGACUCCUUGACAUCCGCCGCCAUUGGUGCAGAGGCCCACUGCGCUGCACUGCUUCCUGCCCGAGACGUCUACUACCAGGCCUGCGUGUUUGACCUGAUCACCAGCGGAGACCUGAACUCCAGCACAGCCGCCAUCAGCGCAUUACAAGACGCCCGCAACAUGAUCUCUGACAGGGAGGGAGUUCACCUGUUGCCGGUCGCCUCUGCAGGCCAAGCCCGACCAAAUGUCACACUGCUGCUGCUGCUGCUCGGCAUGCUGGGAACUCUGAGCUGCAUAAACUGACCUUGAAGUAUGUCUCCACGGGAAUAUAUAAAGAUCAUAGUCUAUGAUAUGGGUGCAAGGGAUUGGCCCGCCCCCCAGCACAGGGUGCUCAAUGGGAAAGCAACAAGGCAGAUGAUUAACAGGUGCUCUCCAACAGGAAACCAGUUUAGGCCCUGCCCCUUUUCACUGGCUGCACCUGAUUGGACGAGCACUUCAGUUGUGGGCUGACUGCUCCUGGAUUUCAUACUGGACCAACACAUCUGGAAGCUUUGUCUGAGAUAUUGUUAAAAUUAGGGACGUUCCAGUCUGACUUGAGUCAUUGAAUAUUUAGCAUCUGCUGCUGUUGAUUCCCGUUAAAGGACAAUAAAGACAUUUAAAUCA